AUGCCAAAGGAGAAGAGGCAACACCUGAAAAACAGUCAAGCUACUGCAGGUAGAACACAAGGUAUUCAAUUUCAAAAAAGUUUUGGUCAGCACAUUCUUAUCAAUCCGGGUGUGAUUGAUCAUGUGAUUGAAAAAGCUUGCAUACAGCCAACCGAUACAGUUUUGGAAAUUGGUCCUGGUACUGGUAACAUGACCGUUAAAUUAUUGCAAAAGGCAAAGAAAGUUAUUGCUAUUGAAGUUGAUCCGAGAAUGGUUGUUGAAUUGAAAAAACGUGUUCAAGGAACUGCUUUAGAAUCUAAAUUACAAAUUAUUCACAAGGAUGCAUUGAAGGUGGAAUUACCAUAUUUUGAUUUGUGUAUUGCUAACUUGCCUUAUCAAAUUUCCAGUCCUAUCACAUUUAAAUUAUUAGCUCAUCAACCUUCAUUCCGUGUAGCCUAUCUCAUGUACCAACGUGAAUUUGCUCAAAGAUUAGUUGCUAAACCAGGUGACAAUUUAUAUUGUCGUUUAUCUGUCAAUACUCAAUUAUUAGCUAGAUGUGACCACGUUGUCAAGGUUAGUAAGAACUCUUUCAGACCUCCACCAAAAGUUGAAAGUAGUAUUGUCAGAAUUGAACCAAAGAAUCCACCUCCACCUAUAAAUUUCUUGGAAUGGGAUGGUCUGGCAAGAAUUUUAUUCCAAAGAAGAAAUAAGCAAUUGGGAUCUGUUUUCAAGAAUAAGAAAUUGUUGAAACUUUUAGGAGAAAAUUAUAAACAAACAGAAACAAAGAAGAAGGUAAAUAUGAAUGAAUAUGAACAAAAAGUUAGAGAUAUCAUUGCUGAAACUUUGGAAGAAUUACAAAUGACUGAUAAGAGACCAUGUAAAAUGGAUCAAGACGAUAUUUUGUCCUUAUUGACAAGGUUGAACGAACAAGGUGUUCACUUUUCAUAAAUCAUUUGUUUUAUUC